AUGUCUUCGGCUGCUGACUCGCAGGCCUUUGAGAUGAGUCUGCGCGACCAACUCAUCGCAGCUCAAAACAACCAUGCCCCUCCUCAACCACAGCAACCUCACCAGCAUGCGCAACCUACCAAUUCCUACAACGCCCACCAGCCUCACCAACAACCCAUCCACCAUCAUCACAACCCGGCCAUGGCCAUCCAACCCUAUGGCAUGACCCACGAUAGUCCCGACCUGAGCCUCCCCCACACCGACCCCACCGAUGCCAACAAUCAAGGAGCUGCUGCCGGCAAGAAGGGAAGAGCCCAGCGCGAACUUUCCAACACAAAGCGUGCAGCUCAGAAUCGCGCUGCUCAACGCGCCUUCCGCCUGCGCAAGGAGCAGCACAUCAACAAGCUAGAGGAUGACUUGAAGCAAUACCUGGUUAUGGAGGAGAACUUCAAGACUCUUCAACAUGAGAAUGCAGCUCUGAGAGACUACGUUACUCUUUUGCAGUCAAGAAUGACGGAAAAGAACAUCAGCUUUCCACCCACACCUGAACAGGGUCCUAUGCGAUCUGCUUCACUCUCAGCACCCGACAAUCAGCCCAUGCACCAGGAUCAGGACCCCGUCUACCAUCCUGCGCCAGUCCAACAAUCUGUUCACCAUGAUCAACACGACCAUCACGAACAACAUCGCUACCCCGAUCCUUCUCCACCACAGAGCCAUCCUGCACNNCGUCCAACGUCUAUCCACCACCCACUCACGACCAGCAGCACCACCAACACGACCCUGCGAUCCAUGCUCAGCNCUGUACAACAAGACACUGCCAGCGAUACUCUUCCUGCUGCCGCUAUAAGUCAGCUCCAGGCUGCUGCUGCUCAAGCAGGUAGCAUGAAUCGUCCACAUUCUCCACCUUCUACACAUCAUGACCAACACCACCAAACUCAUCCUCAAGACCCUCAAUAUGUGCGUGCUAGUGAGUAUCCUGCUCAUAAACGUCUCAGACUUGAUUCUCCUCCUCAUCAGACACAGGCACUGAGUGACAAGCCGGACGUUUAG